AACUGGCACGACAGCGGGCACCGGGUCAUCUGGCGUUGGAUCGUCUGGCUCGACAGCGGGCAUCGGGUCACCAGGCAUGACAGCGGGCACUGGGUCAUCAGGUUGCACCACGGAAGGCAGGUUCUCAGAUGGGAGGCUGUCCGGUUUGGAUACUGGCAGGAUGGUACUGGUUGGAAAGAACUUUCGCCUUUUCCUGGUUUUAGUUACCGGAGCACUGUAAGUAAGCGCAGGUUUGUAAACGGAUGGAGCAGCUGGAGACAGAGAAGAGCUGGAGGAUGGAACAGGGGAGGGAACAGUUGCUACAGAGGGCUUCUUUACAGGGUUAAAGGCAGGAUAGGUGCAGCGAGUGGGAACAG